AUCCAUUGGUUACAUCCGAACGUCCCCAACUUUCUUUUUUUCUUCUCUUCUCCUCCAUUUUUAUUUUCCUCUCUUUUCUGAUCUUCUUUUUCCGGAAAACUUAUUCUUUUCCCUCAAACUCCCCCUUCUUAACAAUCGUUUCCACUGAAAAUCAGUAGCCUUUUCCAGGUGUAGAGUUUCUAAGCCUGGAAUGGAUAAUUCAUUAGGCAGUUUGCAGCACAGCAAAGCAGCCAAAAAGGCCAAAUCCAAGAAGAAGAAGAACAAUAAUAAGCCUAUCAAAGUAGUGUACAUAUCCAACCCCAUGAAGGUGAAGACCAGUGCCUCAAAAUUCAGGGCCUUAGUGCAAGAACUCACUGGCCAAGAUGCCGAAUUGCCCGACCCAACCAAGUUCACCGACACCGACGACGACGACGUCGGCAGCAAUCAGAAGGUCCCGGAUGCCGUUAAAAACAGUACUGACGAUCAUGCGCUAGAGGUCCCUAGAGUAGGGGACCAAGCCGUUCAUCAUCAUGAGCAGCCCACCAGGGCUCAUCACGAUGUCCCCUUUGAGACCUUUGACGAGGUUUUUACACCCCAGAUGCUUAGAGAAUUUGACAGGGUUCUUGCCUCCGAGCCCUUUCUUAUGAAUAAUCUUGAUGCGCUAAGGAGUCUUUGAUGAAAUGUAAAUAGAGUAAGCUUUCUUAGGCCCUGUCUACAGCUGCUGUUUGGGUGUUUACAUACGUACGCACGUUAAUGUCUUGUUCAAUUUAUGUAAUGUCUGAAAUUAUAUAUAUGAUGAUGGUUUUCUUAAUUGAAUGAAUCUGAUGAUAUUGUUCUUA